AUUUGUAAUAACUGAGAUUAUCCCAAACUCUACCACCUUUUUCUUUCUUUACAUUCACAAACAUAAGCUCAGCUGCAUCUUCUAUAAGGCUGGAAGGAAUGUGUGUCUUGUUCUUUCAUGACAGAGAAGCUUGUUGUGUAAGAAUCUGAUGAUUUGUGCCUGUUAAGGAUAAAAAGACAAAUAAUGCAACUGAAGUUUCUCAUGAGAAAAACUUAGUGUGUCUCUGCUGCUCCAGUUGUCUUUUGUCAGUUUUCUCGGUCCAAAUUGAAGAUGAUGAUUGCAGUGAAUGUUCUUGAUUGAAUGCCUUGCAAGUUUUUCUCCUAGUUCUUUCCUUCUGGAACAGACCAGCUACUGAGAAUCUCUCUGAAGAUCAGAAACCAAGCCGACAGAAUGAAUAUGACCGAGUUCAACAGUGGAAGAGCAAAAACAUGGGACAUCUACGGCAGUUCAAAUCCUAGUCCUUCUCAGACAGAUGUAAACAAGGAAGGUCCAUGGAAGAGCUUUGGCUCAUCGAUGAAUGCCAUUUCUUUCGGAUUUGUUGCUACAGCUAUCUUGAUAUCGAUGUUCCUCAUCAUGGCUAUAUUCGAACAUUUAUUCAGACCAAAUGUAUCCCACGAUCAAUCUAGUCAUGGGAUGGAAUCAAGACAAAUGCAGAAGCUUGGGAACUCAGAUGUUGUACAAACAACAUAUGCAUCCGAUUUCUCAGUUGUGAUGCCAGGACAGCAGUAUCCAACCUUCAUUGCUCAACCGGCUCCGCUAGCUUGUCGAAGGGAAGGAGUAUAUUGGCCCUCUCAUGAAAACAGUAUAGUAUAGCCUACCCCUCGACCAUUAGUUCGACGUUCCUUAUUCUCCAUAUCCAUGCCCUGUAGAUGAGUCACUUUUUGUAGUGCUUAAACACAUUAGAAGUUUAUGCAGUUGACUGAAUUUUGGCUUAGUAGUUACAUCUGAAUAGAAAUUGAACUUCUUGUUGAGAUUGCUAAGUUCAAAGUCGUCCCCUCCCCUACAGGGCAAUCAAGGAAUGUGAAAUCUUGCAAGGAAUGUAAUUAUGCCCCACACAGCAAAUUAUGUCGGAAUCUAAAUGCAUCAACAAUUGAAAAUUUGAUGCCUGAAAAUAAGCUAUUAUGGGCAACAUGAAUAGGAGAAUUUGUUACAGGGAAGCUAUUUAGCACAUUGCUGCAGCAAUUUUGUAAAACAUCUCAGAGCCUUAACAUGGAGGAAGACAAGGCUGCUGAAUGACUUCGAUAACCAGAUCACUUGUUACGAGUCACUGAGCUAAGAUAUUCCAACAAUAUCUAGAGAAACUGAAAUUUAAUGAUUUAAAAUUUGUCAUAACUAUAUUACAGACGAUAUCGUGGAAGCUACUUAUGAAAUAGCCAACAAUGAUGAAAUGAACAUGACACGAAGGGGUAAAACCAAGGACAAAAAACAAAAUCUCAUCUCGCAAAAUGGAGAACACUGAGAUAAGUAACAUUUUUAAAUACAAUUGUCUUUUCUGAUAUGAAACUCAGCUGCUACACCAAUUCUGUACAAAUAUUCUUCAUGUGGAAAUGGAGACGCAGCCAAUCACUCUGUAAUAGUGGAACUUUGUGGCUUAUCUGUAAGGUCUCUGCAAAGACACUACCAUUGGUCUCUUAUCCAACAGCCAUAUCACAUUAAUCCAAAAUUGCUCCUUCUCAUGUAAGUAAAAAGCUAUUGUGAUCUCAU